AAUGAUUAAUCAUGGUGUAAAUGAUUUUUAAUAACAAAUUUGAGAAGCAGAUCAAGUGGCCUUUAAAUAUAUAUGGAUUAUUAUAUAUAUAUAUAUAGAUAUAGAUCUAUGUCUACAUAGAAUCCAUAGAUCUAUAUAAUUAUAAUCUACCUGAAUCUAAUGGUGAAAAGUUACUAAGAUGACCAAAAAGAAAAAAGGCCAAGCAUCUUCUAAAGUUCUUCCUUAUGUGCCAAAAUAUACAGGCCUGACUUUUAAAGUUGAGGAAACAGUUAUAACAUCACAUCCUUUGUCGGUACCUAUCAAUUUAGCUGAAGAGAAGGCUAAAUUUAUUAGAACAGGAAUAUCUCCUAAUUUUGAAGUGCAGGAUCCGUCAAAACUUACUGAAUUAGCAAACAAGGCAAAAAACAAAAUUCGAUUUGAUUUAUUGUCUGAGGCAGAGUAUAUUUUAGAGCAUGUUAGGAAUCAGUAUGGAGAUGGAGAGAAUUAUCUAGAACAUGCUUAUGGUCCUCGUAUAAAUACAGAGGAAGCAACACCACUUUUGUUACAAUACAUUGAAGAAAAUGCCUUAUCAGAAUCUCUCAAAAUUCAUUGGUGUGACAAUUUAGCUUGCAGUGCUAAAAUGGUAUGGCGUGGUCCAGUUGUUAAUGCAAACAGACCUGAACGCAGAAAAUAUUCAUUAUGGAUCAAUUCUUCUGAUGAAAAUAACUAUAUGAGAGAGAGUGGAAUUUGCUGUUUAAUGGACCAUGAAAUUGGGACUCAUUUUUUUCGUAUGUUCAAUGAUGGGCUCCAGCCCUGGUUUUCAGAUCGAUCUAAGUUUGGAUUACGCAACAUGGGUUCUUUUGAAAGUCAGAGCACAGAAGAAGGGUUGGCUUCAGUCAAUACAGCAUUACGAGGAAGAGUUAAAUUUCUUUGGGGAGCAGCUUUCACUUACUAUACUGUAUGCAAAUCAGCAGAGUAUAACUUUAAAGAACUGUUUGACCACAUUGGUCGUUACACAUCAAAUAUUGAUUACAGAUGGAAGCAAGUCAUGCGCGUUAAGCGAGGCCUGUCUGAUCCAAAUCACCUGGGAGGUUUAGCCAAUGAUCAAUGUUAUUUUGAAGGUGCAGUUUCAAUUCUUAGAAACAUUGACAAAAUAGACUUUAACCUGUUGAUGUCUGGGAAAAUCUGCAUUGAUGAAGUGGACAGAAUAAAGAGAGUUGUUCGCAAAGACUUCAUUCGUCUCCCGACAUUCAUGCACAAUAUGACAGCUUACAAAAACACACUUAAACAAAUGUCAGUCCUCAAUGGUUUAGACAAGAGCUACCCUAAACAAGUCCCGCCACAAAUUUAUGUCAAUUUUUUAAAUAACAUUGACAAGCCAAAGAUUAGAAAACCUAAAAAGGUGAGCUCAAAAAUGAAGUUGUCUAGGAAAAGAAGUGAUAUACUACUGAGCGUGGAUGCUAAUGAUAACAAAAUGAGAUCAGAGAAACUUAAAAUUACCACCUUAAAGAGAUCUGAAGGCCAGGUUCGUCUUGUUUUGAGAGAUAUGAAGAAAUCAGCCUCAGAUAGUAAGGUUAAAGAUGGAACAUUUGAUAAAGAAAAAAAAGCAGCUAAGGUGCAACAUGAAGAGAUGGUUGAAAGUUUUAAAUUAUCUGAACGCUUUGUCAAUCGUCAUCAAAUUAUCAGAAUUGAGGAGAAGAAGAAAGAAGAGAGCUCGAAAACAGUUCAGCUGGUUGGAAAAAUCUGCUCUGAUAUUCUUGAGCUGGACAGUCAAUUAAACGAGAGGAUUAGAAGUUUACAAAAUAUUGUCCGAGAACAUGUUUGGUCAAAUAAUGAUAGCGGUUAUAAGGAAUCACUGAUGAGGCAGAUAAUGCUUGCAAAAAACCCAGAGAAUAAAGAAGGUGAUGUUGAAGGGGCUUUCGGUGAUGGCGGGGUAACACAAACAAUCAUGCCAUUGUGUCAGUUUAAAGAUUCAAGUUUAGAGUCUUUGCCGGCACUUCUCAGUAGGGGUUCAUCGUUGAAUAAAGUGAAUGUUUCAGGUCAUCAUCCAAACAUUUUCAGUUUGUCCACACAGCAACAGCCAGAAACACCUAUCCUUUCUAAUGGGCCAGACACAUUAGCGAGGAAAAAAAUGUGUAUACGCAAACUUAUUCAGACUUAAACAUUAUAAAAAUAUUUUAUUUACAAUGAACAAUUUACCUGUUCAGCAGAUGUUUGUUUUUACUCACCUAAUUUACUAAGAUCCAAUCAGGAAAAUGACAUUGUCUUUCAUGACAGACUCAUCAACUAUAUACUCUAGUGUUCAAAUGUUUAGAAUAUUUCUAUGGUACAUGUUAACUCAAUGGCUUGAGAGCUAUAUUUUGUUUUAUUCCAAUGUGAUCACAACAGUGCUUCACAUUAUCAGAUUCAGUUUGACGUCAUGGUUAAGGUGUUGAUGCAAGUUAAAAGAAAAACUGUUAUACAAUCUCCUGGUUAUCAGAAAGUAACUUUCAAGAGGACUAUUACAGAGAACAUAUAAUGCAUUUUGCUGGUAUCCGAUAACUUGUUGACAUUGAUCCUAUAAAAUGUGUUUAAUACAAGUCAUGUACUUUACAAUACUUAGGAGAUUAACAAUUUGAAAUAAAUGCAAAUCAAUCAUUUCAGAAACAUGGUUGCUGGCCUUUAUAAGGUAUUUAUUCAUUUGCAUAAAUCUUAAUUGUAAUUGUAACAAUUUAACCAAUUCCUUUCAAUAUCAAUUAAUCAAAAAUAUCUAAGUUAUUAAUUACCCAAGUGUGUUUCAACCAUUGCCAUUAACUUUAGAAGUAUUUUAGUGUCCAAAAGUUUCAAUAUAAUUUUAGCAAUUUGUGUAUUAUAUUAAUUAUAAUAAUUUUCCAAACCUGAUCAAAAUAUAGUUUGUGAUUUUGCCUAGAAUAUCAUAGUUUUGGACUUCCACACGUUUUUAUGCAAUAGGUGUAGAUUAACUAUAAACUAAGACAGAAUAUUAUUUUUUCUCUUAAUUAAUUAACAAGCAGGAGUCUGACUAUUGCCGUAUACAAAAUUUCAUCUCUAAUCUUUAACAAAGAUGUACCAAAAUUUAUUUCUCAAGAAAAUCAAACGGUUUUUUUUUAAAUAUUGCUUCCUUAAUCUAAAUGACUCAACAUUUAACCAUAGCUUUAUUACUCAAGUAACGCACUUUUGUUCCAUACAUGUAUCUUUUUCUUAUUUACCUUACAUAUAUAUAUAUUUAUUCUACUCCCCUCCACAUGAUUUAACAAUCAACAUUUUUAGAAUUAGCAUUUAUAAUUAUAGAUCAGUUAAAUAUUUGAAAUAAUGCUGAAUCUUAAAUUCAUUCUGUUGGACAAGUAAUGAAAUAAUAACUAAACAUCUUUCUAAAUAAUUAAUUUAUUAAUUUAAUUCAUAUGUCAAUAUUUCUUGGAAUAUCAGAUACAAUUUUAAAUACUGCUAUAUUUAUAGGAGAUAUCAAUCUUUCUAUAACAAAAUUGACCAUUUUUAUUCCAUACAAUACAAGAAAAUCCAGAAAAUACAAGAGAAAUGUACUAUCAAUGGUCUAUGUAUGAACCUGGUUUGUAGAUGCUUAUGUUUGUUAUGGUAUUGAAUGCUUUACAGAAGUCUGGUCAGAUUUUAUUAAAAACCCUUUUCAGUAAACUAGUCUGGUGUUAAAAUAAGUUAUUUUGUUAAAUUAAUGGCAUAAACAUCUGUCUAAACAAACCAUGUCUUUCAGCCAAUUUUAACAGGCUUUGAAACAUUGUAAAGCUAAUAUCUGUCUCAUACAUUUUUUGUUUGUUUAUUUUAUAUUUAAUUUUAUUGCCCUGGGUAAAAUUACUCACAUUUUACAGUUUUUCUUAUCAGUAAUUACAAAUGUGGGUUGUCUCAUUUAAAGAUGACUUGUUCAUACAAUUAUUUAUAAAUACAGAUUUCUGUCAUUGAACAUCAUUUAAAGUUUCACAUAGUAUGUUAAAAUAUGUAAGUGAACUUAUAAAAGGAAUUUUUAUUCCUGUCAUAUAUGAAUAAAUCAUUAAACAAAGUAUCCAAGUUUUUAAAACUAAACAAAUCUAAUUUAAGAUAUUUAUGUUUUUUCACUUGUGGCUGUUUAAUCAAACAUUAUUAAUCCUCAUUUAUGAAGUUGGCUGAAUUUAACACAUGCAUUUACAAGUGUGAAUUGUUAAUGAUUUAAUUCACUCAUGCGGACUACAAAUGGCUAAUUUAUUUUUUAUUGUUUUUGCAUCAGUUUUGUGAUGGUCUUAUUUAUUUAUGUUAUUUGAAUAUCACAUUCUCAUUCACAUAUUUUUUGAAGCAACAGAUUUACUCUACUUUUAUAUAUAUAGAAGAACAAAAUGUAUUGAAAUAGUUCAAUAUCCUUUACAUUGCUUAAUUUAAGUAGAUUAUUUUUUACUUGUUUUUAUUUCCUAGCUUUGAACGCAGGUUUUUUUUUUAGUUUAGCGGAGUGAUCGAAAAUAAUUUAAACUAGGAAAAUUCAAUGAAGGUGACAUUCUAGUGCCAUAUAUCAAUUUAUAUCAAUUUAUUAGUAACGGUGGAUUGGAUAAUUUUUGUACUGUCAUGAUACCAGAGUACCUAAAAUUAGUAAAUAUUUUUUCUUUAUUUCUUAACUUUUCAUUAGUAAAGAUAAUUGCACUGUGCAGCUUUAAAAAAAAAAAGAAUUUUAUGUUUAUUAUUAAAAAUUAUUGACAAUGACA